GUCAGUCAUAGUGAUGCAAUGUUUUCUCGAUGUUACCUCAAACUUCCCCAGCUCUGCCGGUGACAAUUACAACUGUGGGUGAGGCUGAGAGGAACAAGUCUGUUGAACCUGGUGAACCCAUAGCACUGCGCUGUGAGAUAUCAGAUCCUAAUGCUCGAGUAACUUGGUACAAGGAUGGAAUUGAACUACUCGAGUCUGCCGGCCGAGAAAUGGUGGCAGAGGGUUCAGUCAGGACGCUGGCCGUGCAGUCAGCCAUGUCUUCAGAUGCAGGGAUUUACAGCUGCCAGACAACAGAUGAUGCAGCGCAGUUUCAUGUGGACGUUAAAGCUCCACCCCUGAAGUGCUCAGCUGUGUCUGAGGGUGACCGCAAAGAGACAGUGAUGGUGGACACUCCUAUUGCCCUACAGUGUGAGACGUCUAAGCCCACUGAGCCCACUGAACAAGUCAGUCGGGUGGAGGGCGGGACACAGCUCCUCCCUCAGAGUGAAGUAGACUUCCCUUCAGAGGAAAGUCUGAGGACUCUAGUUGUCCCGUCUGUCACUCAGACUCACGUCGAUGAGCAACGAUGUGAGUUACAUUCUUCUGACGCCGAGUUUGCUGUGAGAGUAGAAAGCGAUGCUCAGACGCUUCCUUGUGCUUUUGCUGCCUUGCGCUGGCGACUAACUGCUGAGUCAGUUGGGUUAACAGUCAGCUUUUUUCUAAUCACCUUAACAAAGUUUUCAAAAAUGUAAGUAAGAAAUAGAAACCUCUUCGUGACUUUUCUUUGACUUGUCCAAACGUACUACCAAACAUUCUGCGUAACAAAGCAGCUUCUUAGUCUGCAUGUAAAUAAUGUUCUUUUUCUUUAAUGAAGACAAAAAUUCUAUCCUCACACCCUCCCCCCAGAAAAUCUAGAUUGUGAGUUGAUUUAGUCUUAUUGCAUUUUAAUUGUAUGAACCU